UUCUUUUUCCUAAACCUCAUCCAUAACAAAAAAUUGUUAGAAGCGGAGCUCAGGGUACUUCCAUUGGAUGUGAAGCAGUAGAGGGCUGGAGCCCUAGCCCCUUGGAUUCACCACUUUCUUUUCCUAUUCCUUGAAAAAAAGAAAAGAAAAUACAUCGAUCGCCAGGCCUAAAUGUCUGACACCGGGAGAAGCUGGGGGCUCGCUAGCGCAACAGACAAACACAUCGAUCGCAUCACACGUGACACGUGGCAGGGCACGCAUUAAUCAGUCACCAACCUUCCACUCGAUCGACGGCGGAGGCCGUCCCGCGGGAAGCCAAAUCCACGAAACGAAAUUCUCGAAACCGCCCGCCGCGGGAAACAUUUCCCCCUUCCCCUUCCCCUCCCUUGCGCGCGCGCGCGCGCCUCUCUCUACAAAUAUUUUCUUUUCCGUUUCGGCGCCUCCUCCAACCUCUCCACUCCCUCCUCCCGCUCGCGCCCACAUCGCCAAUCCAGGUCCACCGCCGGCGCCUCCUCCUCCAGUGCUUGAGCUCCGCAGAUCUGCAGGGUGAGUAGACGGAUUGUUCGAACAAAGAUUGGGUAGAGGAAUGCGCUGUUUUUUUUAAGAUACUUCAGGAUCUAGGUCUUUUCCUAGUUAAUCCUGGUAAAUCUCCCAGACGGCGCCUUCUAAACAACUCGGCAGAAGGGAAAGGGGCUUUGUUCCUGAAGUAGCAGUCGCAGCACCCACACGCUCACGCGAUGGAGAGCGGCGUGAUUCUCGGUGUUGCUCGCCCUGAAGAAGUCCCCGACCGCCAUGACGCAGAGCCACGCGACGAUUUGGAGCAAUCGCAGAUGCAGGUCGAUGUCACUGUUGUUCUCAACCAAUCUGCUGAGCUCGAAUCGAGUGACUCAAUGGCCAUCGAUGAUGCCCCGGCUCAACAACCAUCAGGCCAGCCGGUGGAGGCAGCACAACAGUCUCCUGCUACGCUGACGGAUACCAUCGUAGAGGUGCAGAAGCAACUGAAGCGGAAGAGGGCUUCGAAUGGUCCGGCGAUUGCUACCGCGGACAAGGAUGCUCUCGUCGCUGGAUGCCGCCAGGAGCUCGAGGGGUUGUUCCAGUAUUACAAGGAGGUUUCUGGCCGCAAGAUGCGGUUUGAGGGUGGCAAUCUGUCCGGCAACGCGAUGGUUGGCUGCUUGCUUGAGGAGAGCAGUCUUGGGCUGACGAAGUUGGUGGAGGAGAUACACGAGAAGCUGAAGGAGACGGAGGCUGUGUCCGUGGCUUCAGUCCGUAGCUCUGUGCUGCUCAUUGGGCAGAGGAUGGUGUACGGGAAAUCCUCCCCGGAUGCUGAUGUGUUGGAAGAUGAAUCGGAGUCGGCUCUUUGGUGCUGGGAGAUAAGAGAUCUGAAACUGAUGCCGGUGAGAACACGUGGCGUUUUGAGUACACGGAGAUCUGUCAGAAAGAAAAUCCAUGACAGGAUCACUGCCAUCUAUUCAACCUUGUCAGUUCUGGAAAACCCCGGAGUUGAAGCUCAAGUAAAUGAUCUCAGAAAAGUAUCGUUAAAAUUAAACAAGUCACUGAACCUGGAAGGGAUCAGAUCAAUGGUUGAAAGAGUGUCUCAAAAGAACAACAUUGAACGGGGUGUGAAAAAUGCAAGAUCAAUAGCUAAGGAAUUGAUGGAAGAGACAGAGAAAAAUGACCAAAAUGUCAGCAGACUUGAGGAUGCGAGUGUCUCUGAGCUGCGGAUGGGAAACUUGCCUUCUAAUGAAAAAGAUAUCCAGAAAGUGCAAAAACAAAUUGAGAAGGAAAUAAAACGCCAGGAGAAAGAAGAAGCUCGGAUGAAGAAACUGCAAAAGAAACAGCAAGAAGAGGCACUAAGAGAACAGAAGCGACGUGAAAAGGACGAAGCUGAAGCUAAGAAACAGCAAAGGAGGCAGGAAGAGGAAGCACAGAAGGAACAAAAGCGCCGUGAAAAGGAAGAAGCCGAAAUGAAGAAACAACAGAAAAGGCAGCAAGAGGAAGCUGAGAAAGAACAGAAGCGCCGUGAGAAGGAAGCUGCACAACUCAAGAAGCAACUAGCCAUUCAAAAGCAAGCUUCUCUGAUGGAAAGCUUUUUCAAAAGUAAGAAAGAUAGCGGAAAACUUCAAAAAUCUGGAGAGAACGACUUAGGUGAUGAUCCAUGCACUGACAACAAAGAGGUGAUACCAGCAACCACAUCAAAAAUUGAUUCAUCCUUGUCUCAACAAGAGGAAUGGGUUUUGGAGGAUCUUUGGAGGUUGCAGGUCACUUGUUGGAAGAAGCUAUCUAGCUACAAUAGGUCCUCCAGGUGGGGUAUCAGACGCAAACCCAAGAUGGAUGCAUUUAAAGAGCUCAAGCUUCAAAAAUCCUCAGACGAUAUGGUUGAUGAAAUACUUUCAACUCCAAAUGAAGAUAACUGCCACAACUUAAGUCAGGAAAAUGAGCAUGAUAAGCUUGAAAGCGACAUUGACAUGCUACCAGCUAGUCAUAGCACCAAUAAUGCUAAACCUCUGCAAACUAGAUUGAUAAGGAGAAAGCUUCUUCAAUUUGACAAAAGUAACAGGCCAGCGUAUUAUGGGACCUGGAGGAAGAAAAUUGCUGUUGUUGGCCCAAGGUGUCCACUUAAGAUGGAUCCAGAUCUUGACUAUGAGGUUGAUAGUGAUGAUGAAUGGGAAGAGGAGGAUCCUGGUGAGAGUCUUUCUGACUGUGAGAAGGAUAGUGAUGAAGUUAUGGAAGAAUAUUCCAAGAUUACAGAUGAAGAGGACGAAGAUAGCUUUGUUGUACCUGAUGGCUACCUCUCGGAUAAUGAGGGGAUACAGAUUGAAAGUCUCUUGGAUGAUAAGGAUGAGGAAGCCAGUAGCUCACCAACUGGUCAGAGCACCGAAGAAGAAGAAUUCAGGUUUCUACUACGCCAGCAAAAAGCCCUGAACACUUUGACUGAGCAAGCUCUUCGUAAGAGCCAACCUCUUGUGAUAUCCAACAUAAAUAAUGAAAAGGCUGAGUUAUUGACUGCCGGAGACCUCAAGGGUCUGGCAAAGAUUGAGCAGCUUUGCCUGCAAGUUCUUUCAAUGUGCAUCUAUCCGGGAGGUGCAGUUGUUGAUGUACCUGUCAUUGACAGUUCAUCUGCAAAUGCUGAGGGAAUUAACCAGUCGAAUGUGAAAAUUAGCUCUCCUGCAGCUGCAUCUGCUAUACCAGAAACGGACCUGCCAGAAAUUGUUCAGGUGAUACGGUCAUGUCAAGAUGGUAUCAAUAAGUUGGUUGAAUUACUGCAGCAGAAGUUUCCAAAUGUUUCGAAGUCGCAACUGAAAAGUAAAGUGAGGGAUAUAUCUGACUUCGUUGAUAAUCACUGGAAGGUCAAGAAAGAGGUUCUUGACAAGCUAGGCUUAGAGCCCUCACCAGUGAAAUCCAAGAAGACCAAAGGCAUAGCCAUGUACUUCUCGAAGCGGUGUUUACCUCCGGCAGAGGCCAUCAAUGCUCUGGCGUCUUCACCUGAGCUGCGAUUGAAAUCUAAAAGCAUUCAAAAUGGCAACGGUGGCACUGAAGCUCCUCAGAUUAAUCUAUUCCCCUCGCCCCAGUAGAGUUCCUAACUAGAUAUCCUGAAGCUGUCUUCCUCAAGUUGGAUCAGGGAUCAAUGGAGCUAUGCACCCGGAUGAGCAGAAAGCUCUUGGAUCAGGGAUCAACUUGGUUUUGCAUGAGACAAAUCCAUGUUCAACUUGGGGUUUUUAACAACAUGGAGAUCUGCAUCUUUGUUUCGGGAUGUUUGACAUGUUGUACUUAGUAAGAAAAUAAGUUUAUUUAUGGAGGAUAUUUAGUUGAUUUAUAAGGUCUUUAUGCGUGUUUGAGAUGUAUCUAUUAUAUUAUUAACGCAAGUCAUUCUCACAGUAAAGCUGAUGGGCUUGCAUUCUGGAAUCACUAGUCGCUGCAACUAUCAACAUUUUUGUUGUGAGUUCAUUGGGUCUGGA